UCUUUUCUCCUUGUGGAAUAAACCUCGCAGCUGAGAUUUCUCUUCGUCCGAGUUGAACGCAAAUUUUUUGAAUAUCUUCAGAUUUUCUUGAGGACAAUUUUUUCGAAAUAAAAUGGCCGAAAUCGACUAUCGCUAUUGUUUCGGAGCGGGGCAAGAUGUUGAGGUCCAGAAACGCAUGCUGACGGUUCCCCGCAUAAACACUUUGGACGAUUUGAUUCGAGAAUUGCGGGCGGUCUUUGAAAAUGACCGGGUGAACGUCGAGAGAGUACAGGAUCUGAUGUCUGCUUACAAGUCCAAUCCCCGGGAAUGGAUCAAAUUUGCUAAAUUUGAUCGCCACAGAUAUACCCGGAAUCUCGUGGAUGAAGGUAAUGGCAAGUACAAUUUGAUGCUUCUAGCUUGGGCUGAAGGUCAAGGCAGCAGCAUCCACGAUCACGCCAACAGCCAUUGUUUCAUGAAGAUGUUAGACGGAUCGUUGCGAGAAGUACGUUUCGCUUGGCCCACCGAAGAAGAUGAAGAAGAGAAAGAAAUGCAAAGAAUCGGCGAAACGCUCUUGCACACCAACGAAGUUACAUACAUGAAUGACAGUUUAGGUUUACAUCGUGUUGAAAAUCCGAGCCAUACUCAGACUGCUUGUAGUCUGCAUUUGUACAGUCCUGCCUUUGAUACCGUCCUGCUCUUUGAUCAGCGAACAGGCCACAAAACCCGUGGAAAAGUCACCUUCUGGAGCAAAUAUGGUGAAAGAACUGAAUUUGGUGAAUCUUCAAAAAUGGAAGAAGAGGAUUAUGAAAACAACUGAAUUGUAAAAAUUGUACAUAUUUCAUUAUUCACUGCAUUAUAUUCGAGAUUAUUUAGCAUAUUUCUCCCUGGCAGUUAUUGUUUUUUUUCUUUUCUUGAAAUAAAUGUUUCUUAC